AUGAGACAACUCACCGAGGAAGAGACUAGAGUAGUUUUUGAAAAGCUGGCUGGCUAUAUCGGCAGGAAUAUCAAAUUCUUAGUUGAUAAUAAAGAGCAACCUUUUGUCUUCCGGCUGCAGAAAGAUCGUGUCUAUUAUGUUCCAGAACACAUUGCCAAACUGGCGACAAGUGUUGCGAGACCUAACUUGAUGUCAAUUGGUAUUUGUUUGGGAAAAUUCACUAAAACUGGUAAGUUUAGGAUCCACAUUACUGCUCUCACUGUAUUGGCGGAACAUGCCAAGUACAAGAUAUGGAUUAAGCCAAAUGGCGAGAUGCCUUUCCUUUACGGGAACCACGUUUUGAAAGCACAUGUGGGUAAGAUGUCUGAAGAUAUUCCGGAGCAUGCUGGUGUGGUGGUAUUUUCAAUGCAUGAUGUUCCACUAGGUUUCGGGGUAAGUGCUAAAAGCACGUCAGAGGCGAGAGACCUCCAGCCAAUGGGAAUAGUGGCUUUCAGACAGGCUGAUAUUGGUGAAUAUUUGAGAGAUGAGGAUACCUUGUUCACUUGA